CGAUCAGUACUCUCAUAGAGCAUACUUUUCACUAUUCGUUAGUUGUACUUGAGCUACAUCGGUUGCAUCGUAGGUUCUGUUUCGUUUGAUAUUUUCAAAAGUGCAAUGUUCACGCCGUUCUGUAAACUGGAAACACGUGAUCAUUAUGUUCCCGCCACAACACCGGAAUACCAGACGGUCGGUGUUCCCCUGGAAGGAAGUCAAACAGAUGGACCCUAUUACGAUACUUGUGCAAUAUCGAGCAAUUUUGAGCGAGUCGGAAGCCUCUACAACAAUGCCUAUUGUUCAAAAAGUGCACCUUACUGUAGUGGUGAUUUGUGUCCGAGUCAGUGGAUUAAAAGUGUCGUUCCUCAACAUUCGUCUGGAUACUCCGAAUCGCAACAUUUCAUCGGUCCAUUAGAAGAUCAAAGAUUUUCGGCAGCACCUAUUGCGUCUCAAUACUCAUACGAAUCUAGUUGUGUUCAACAAGGUGCUGGUGGUGUAACGGAUUUAUGCCAUUACUAUGUGGCCAAUGGAUAUCAAGAAUCUUGUGGGAACAACAAUUGCUCAUUAGAUGGAUACAAUGGCAUGGUGAUCAAUGACUCUAAUGACGUGGCGCAUACUCACAGUGAAAUUUAUGCAAACAGGAUCACUGAUAGUGUAUCACGGUGUAGUGAUGAGCCGGAAGUUGCGGACAAUAGCGGUUUUCUGCUGGACUCUGGGAGCUCAGUAGAACAGUUCUCUGUAGAAAGUGAAUCCGACGGCAUACGAUCUACUUCCGUGGGAGAUUCAAAUCCAUUGAACCCACUUGACCACCCACAUGAUUCUCCCGUGCAUAAGGAUACAUCUACUACAAAACGAUCACAGAAUAAGACAGCCACCGCCACUAGGAAUGCCAAUGCCAGCAAUCGAAAAGAGAGAACUGCCUUCACGAAGUCCCAGGUCAAAGCCCUAGAGGCGGAAUUCGUCCACUCGAACUAUCUCACCCGGCUGCGAAGAUACGAAAUUGCCGUGGCCUUGCAUCUCAGCGAACGACAGGUGAAAGUGUGGUUCCAAAAUCGCCGAAUGAAGUGGAAACGAAUCAAAACCGGAGCUUCAGUUACUUGCAAGGAAAACAAUAGUUUUAAAUAGUACCUAUUUCAUAUCUUUAAGAACAAGAUACAUUAUUUAUUAAACUUA